AUGACCAUGAAUUUUGUGACGUUCAACCAGGACUACAGCCACCUGGCUGUGGGUACCUCGAGAGGCUUCCGCAUCUUUACCACAGAGCCAUUCUCAAAGACAUAUGAAUCAAGAGAUGGGCACAUUGCUAUGGUCGAGGUGCUCUUCUCCUCCUCUCUAGUCGCCCUAGUACUUUCACCUCGCCGUCUCCAGAUCAAGAACACGAAACGAGACUCCUUAAUUUGCGAAAUGACCUUCGUGACCUCGAUUCUGGCGAUUCGAAUGAACAGGAAAAGGCUGGUGGUAGUGCUCGAGGAUCAGAUGUACAUGUACGAUGUUCAAAAUAUGAAACUGCUUUACACGAUUGAAACCUCGCCCAAUCCGAACGCGAUCGGUGCCCUCUCUCCUUCGUCUGAGAAUUGCUAUCUGGCCUACCCACUUCCUCAAAAGGCAGCUUCUGCUCCUGCCCAUGUCCCUCCGAAUAGUACACAUAUCUCACCUACAUCGGGCGAAAUCCUCUUGUUUGACGCCAUCAAGCUCGAGGCGAUCAACGUGGUUGAAGCACACAAGUCUCCCCUUUCAUGCAUUAUAUUCAACAGUGAAGGCACGGUCAUGGCAACAGCAUCAGACAAAGGUACUAUAGUACGUGUGUUCUCUAUCCCAGAUGGACACAAGCUCUAUCAGUUCAGAAGAGGCUCAAUGCCUUCUCGAAUAUAUAGUAUGGCCUUCAAUAUCACCACCACGUUACUAUGUGUGUCGUCUGCGUCAGACACUAUCCACAUUUUCAAGCUUGGACAAGAUAAUCUAGCUACUAGUGAUGAGCCCAUGUCACCUGCUGGACCUGCACCACCGUCGAAGCGCCUCAGCCAGAGUAGUGAAACCAGCCCAUACUUUGACGGUCAAGACGCAGAGACCGAAGAUCCAGCGUCGUUGAAGUCUAGGAAACCAAACGGCACUUUCAUGGGUAUGAUCAGGCGAACGUCUCAAUCUGUUGGUACCACGUUGGCCAGCAAUCUUGGUGGUUAUCUGCCCAAGGGUGUCACUGAGAUAUGGGAGCCCUCAAGAGAUUUUGCCUGGAUUCGCUUGCCAAAGCCAGCGUCUGGUCAAGCGACAGGUCCUAUUCGCUCUGUGGUCGCCAUGUCCAGUAAUUCACCACAAAUAAUGGUGGUGACCAAUGAAGGUGGAUUUUAUGUCUUUAGCAUCGACCUUUCGAAAGGAGGAGAAGGAAAUCUUGUCAAGCAGUACUCGGUGCUUGAUAUCAACGACAGAAGUGGAAGUACCUUAAACGACUAUUGA